GUCUGUUCUUCCACCGUGUACCAGGCUGACGGCUGCUGGAAUGACAGGGGGGGGGGGGGGGGGUGUUCUGGUUCUAUAUAAAGCAGUGAUGGACUCAGCCAGGGGCCACAGGGACCCACAGCCUCAGCUGGACAUUAAUCAUGGGAACCAUCAUCUCACAGAUCUUCUCCAGGUUCACCUCCAAGAUUCCUGUCAGGAUUUUAAUGGUGGGUCUAGAUGCUGCAGGGAAAACCUCUCUGCUGUACAGACUGAAGCUGGGUGAGGUGGUCACCACCAUCCCCACCAUCGGUUUUAACGUGGAGAUGGUGGAAUAUAAAAACAUCAGUUUUACUGUUUGGGACGUCGGUGGUCAGUCCGUCAUCAGACCGCUGUGGAGACAUUACUACACCAAUUCUCAGGGUCUAAUUUUUGUGGUGGACAGCAACGACCCUCAGAGGAUUAAAGAAGCAGUAGAGAACCUGCACAUGCAGUUGGACGAGGAUCAACUGGCUGGAGUCCCUGUACUCAUCUUUGCCAACAAACAGGAUUUGCCACAAGCCAUGUCGGUCAGUGACAUCACAGAGGCUCUGAACCUAUCAGGAGUGCAGCAACCGUGGUUUGUCCAGGGCUCCUGUGCCGUCAGCGGCAGCGGUCUGGUGGAGGGUCUGGACUGGCUCUCCGAUCAGAUCCAGAAAAAAUAGCACUGAUUUGUGCCGAGUCAUUGAAGACCGCAGGCGGCCUUUGCUGCUGCUUCUCUUGAGAAACCUGAAGGAUCUUCUGAUAAACCUUAAUAUUUAUGGCACUUUACCCUCAUGUCUGUUAGCCAGACACAACUGUCUGUGUUUGAACUUUUACUCAUUAACAUGAAAACACUCUGACCCCAGGAAUCGGUUUGAUUUGGGAAUGUUUUCAUCCCUGAGAGAUUCCCUGUUUUGCCUUUUGAUUAUCUUUUCCUCUGAACACAGCCUUGUGGUCUAAGUUCUUUGCUUAUGUUGGUGUUUUUGCAGCAGUUUAAAACAACUAAAGUUCUGAUGGUGAAUUUACAGAUGAACGGAGAGAAUCCACCAACAUGCCUCAUUUUCUGCUGCUUUUACACCUUAUUUUAUAGGACAAUGUAUUUAUUGUAAAGUCAGAAUGUGAUCUAAUUUUCUAAAAUAAAAUUCAGAAGUAGUCGA